GUGCGGUGCCGGUGCCGCCGCCGCCCGUGGGCUGAGGAAGUGCUGUCACGGCGUGUGCCGGGCGGGGAGGCUCCCGAGGACUGGGCAGGCCAGACCUUUCCGUCGGCGGGUGCCGAGCUGGGAUCGCCACCAUGAGCAAGAUCUCCAAGUUUUUCAAGGGGGGCGGCUCAUCCGGCUCCAAGGGCCGCAGGGGUCCGUCGCCGCAGGAGGCGCUGGCCCGGCUGCGGGAGACGGAGGAGAUGCUCAGCAAGAAGCAGGAGUACCUGGAGACGCGGAUCGAGCGGGAGCUGGCGAUAGCCCGGCAGCACGGCACCAAGAACAAGCGAGCUGCCUUACAAGCACUGAAGAGAAAAAAGAGGUAUGAGAAACAGUUGAAUCAAAUUGAUGGGACACUUUCGACCAUUGAGUUCCAGAGAGAGGCAUUGGAAAAUUCCCACACCAACACAGAAGUGCUCAAGAAUAUGGGUUAUGCUGCACAAGCUAUGAAAAAAGUACAUGAAAAUAUGGAUUUGAACAAAAUCGAUGAUUUGAUGCAAGAUAUCACUGAACAGCAAGAUGUUGCCCAGGAAAUUUCAGAUGCUAUCUCAAACCGAGCCACCUUUGGUGAUGAGUUUGAUGAGGAUGAAUUGAUGGCAGAAUUAGAAGAGCUGGAGCAAGAAGAACUGAACAAGGGAAUGAGAGAUGUCAGGUUGCCAAGUGUUCCGUCCACAUCGCUGCCUUCUCGCCCUGCAUCGACCAGGAAAAGAGCAGAGGAUGAAGAUGAAAUGAAGAAACUUGCUGCCUGGGCUUCAUAAGAGCAUGGUCUUUUUAUAACACCAAGCAUUAUAGUAAAGAGCUGUACUGCUGUUUUAUAACCACACUGUUUUACUGUGGUUGCAUUUCAUACAGGCUGGGGUUUUUUAUGGCACAUCUUGCUGAGACUAGUGUUACUGCCAUAUUACAAAACUAGCUUAAAAACCAGCAAACAAAAGAAUUAAAUAGUUGUCUAAACCUUCAGGCAUAAUUUUUUUUUAGCCUUGUCAAUAAAUUUGUUUUAUUAUUAGUAUCAGUUUUUAAUAGGCAUUAUCUUACCAUAUCUGUUGGUUUGUAAAACCUGCGUGCCUCACUUAUGCUCAAAGCUGGAUUUAUUUUUGAAAUGAGAAAGUUAAGUAAGUCAUCAGGGCCCUAUAACUAGAGGAUUAUUUGGUUCAGACUAUUUAAAUAUUAGCAAAACAGCUUAAUACAUGUCCUCGCUUGCAAGUUCUUUGAGCCCAAGAACUAAAACCUAUUCAUUUGAACAUGAAGAUUCAAGCAGUCUGCCUGGAGCAACUUACGGUGUCCUAGAUAUAAAGAAGAAGCUCUUCUGUAGGCUUAUUGAAGUGGGAUGUGUUAUUUGUUUUGAUUUAACUGGCCAAAAUGUCCCAUGCACUUCUGCAGGUCAACUGAAUUGUAUUUUGGACUAUGACUGACUAGGUUACAGAAUUACAGUGAUCGAGGAAAGCAACACUAGCAACAUAUUUUAGUUACACAAUUUCAAAAUGCUUAUAAUUUCUAAGCAUUUGGUUCUUUUCUCUUAAUCAGUUUGUGAAUGGAAAUAAUACCAGUGUGUUGUAUUUGCAGGGCCUUUUUAAACCCUGGUUAAAAGCUGAUUCUGGGUUGCUUGUGAAGUUGGUGUGUUUCUGUCCAACUGACAGCGUUUUAGCCUAAGGAAAAAAUGCCACUAUUGAGUGCUAAACUACUACAUAUAUGGAGAGAUGGCUGUUCAAAUACAACCCAAAAGUUAAAUAGGCUGCUUUAUAUUAACAAAGUAUUAAAUUAGUCUUAAACUGUGUGCUUAGAACAGUGUGGAGUUCCUAGGGGUGUAGGAAGCAGAGUCCUUGAUCUAGGUUUCUUGUUUUCAAAUGAAAACUGGGUGUGUUAAUUCUGUCCUAAAAUUUGGAGGUACCAAGAAAAUUGUCCCUUUUUGUUGAGAGUAGAGGAAGUCUGGAAUUAUUUAAUUUUUGUUUUAAAUACAAAAUAAAACAAACAAAAAAAAGACACAGCUGCCUUGAAUUUAAAAAUACAUUUUGAACUCUCAAGGAAUAGGAAACCAGAUACUAUCAAAAUGCUACUUGGUUUUAAUGCUCACUGAAAUUCAGCAUGAGAUGUUAUCUGAAAGCAGGAAUAUUUAGUAAAAUAGCAAAUAUUCAAAGUUAUUUGAAAUCCAUUUACUAACCCUUUUGGCUUGACUCCUGUGUUCAGGGUGUGCAGUUUGUGCAGGUCUCUGAAUUGUAUACAGAACAUAUUAGCACACACUGGGAUAUGACUGUGCAAGGCCGGCAGUGUGCUUGUGGACACUUCUGGCAUUUCUAAAUACGACGCCAUGCCAACACAGUCCCAUAGUUAGUUUGGAAAUGCUGGCUUCCAGCCUUUGUUCUUGUUUGAAUUAGUAGUUUAACAAUGCUUAGCUCUUCUGUAGGUAGCACUUGGCAUAUUUGAAGUGCUCUACAACCUAAUGGGUCUACAACCUAAAGCUUCUGUUUUGAAACUAAAGCGAUUUUCAUUCUGCUUUGGAAAAUGUAGGCCUGCUGUUUUUGAAUAAGAACUUUCCUUGUGAACACCCCUCACUGAAGACAAAAUAAUGCUGUAGAGAUCUUCUCCUUUGCAAACCAGCAUUUGACUGCUGACCUCCAGCAAUGUUUUGGCCAAGUGUUGAUCCUGAAGAAGCUUCAGGUGUGUUCAGCUUAUUAAUGUUUCAGACCAAGCACUUUAAAAACAAAACUUUUAAAUGGUGAAGAAAUGAGACUGAAUAUUCAGGUGAGCUGCUCUGAAAGCUUAUGUAUAGUGGCUGGUGAUCCUGAAAGACAGACUCAUGUACCAGUUCAUAGGCCAGGAUGUGAGGUUGGUGAAAUUAUACUCAGAAACACUGUAGUGAUGUACAGAAACGAAAAUACACCCUGGACCUCCAUAACUGUAGUGUUGCUUUUUUUUUUUUUUUUUUUUUUUUUGAACAUGAGUUUUCUUUAAGGGAAAAGGGUUGUAGGGAUUUAAUUCAGCUGAGGGAGUGGCUCUUUCCUGUGUAAAUUCAGAUAACAGUGGGACAAAUGGCUCUUUCUUAUUUGAACAUAUGCCUCUCUUCAUGCCAAGAUGGUAUUUGUUUAGUAUGUAAGCAGUUGAGAGUGAAUAGUGUCAAUGUGUUACUGUAAAUGUACCCUAUUAACUGGAACAUAUUUUACAGGAGGACUGUGGCAGCAGAUGGUGUACUAUAAAUUACUUCCUUUCUUGUUGCUUAUUUAUUCUGAGAUUGGUUUUUUCCUCCUCUUAGGCUUAGACAUUUUUAAACUGGAUAACUUUAAAAAGGGGAAAAGAUACUGAUAAAAGUAAAACUAACUCAUGUAUGUAUAUAUAUACACACUGUAAAUAAAUAUUUUGGUGUCAUGUUUGUGUUA